AUCUGCGCGCAUAGGUCGGUAACACUCCCCGGGCGGGGCUGGGAGCCCUCAUAUACAAACGUGCAGUUUGGUCCAGAGGACACUCUGUACGUGGGACGAGGAAAGUCUUCGCGUCUAACGUUUGAAUGUGGCUUUUCCUCUAGUUGGUAGUUUACCAUGGCCGACACUGCCGAGUUCAUCAAGGACCUGUGUACUCCUGCUUUUGUUGUGGACCUCGAUGUCGCGAAGAGAAACGCAGCAGUGAUGCUGGAUCGCUUCCAGAAGCUCGGCGUUCAGCUACGACCUCACAUGAAGACCCAUAAAACACUCGAGUGCGCCGACAUCAUGACUGGCGGCUCUCGCCGCUGCAUCGUCGUGUCCACGCUGGCCGAGGCGUCUUUCUACGCGGACCACGGCUACGACGACGUCCUGUACGCGUAUCCGCUGCCGCGCGACAAGGUGCAGCGCUGCGCGGAGCUGUGCGAGAGGAUGGCCUUGUUCCACGUGCUGCUGGACAACGGCCCCGCGCUGCAGGAGCUGAAGAGGAGGCCGCUGAAGCAGGGCAAGCUGUGGCGCGUGUGGAUGAAACUGGACUGCGACAACGGCAGAGCGGGGGUUCUUCACUCUGAGCCUGCCGCUCUGCAGUUAGCCCGGGAGAUCUCUGAGACCACAGGAGUGGAGUUGUAUGGGAUCUACGCGCACUGUGGAAACACCUACGGCUGUAAGGGGCGAGAGCAAAUCGAAGCUAUCGCACAAGAAACUACCACAAAUCUACUGCAGUUUAUGGAAAGACUAAAGGCCAUUGGAAUCCAGGGUCUCAAGUCUAGCAUCGGAUCCACUCCUUCUUGUAGUCACCCGGUUCCAGAUAUGGCCAUGUUGAGUGAAGUCCACCCUGGCAAUUAUGUAUUUUAUGAUGUGCAGCAGUCUUUGAUUGGCUCCUGCAGACUUGAGGACGUCGCAGUGCGGGUGCUGACGAGGGUCAUAGGUCAUUACCCACACAGGAACCAGUUACUGGUGGACAGUGGCUGGGCUGCCCUGAGCCAAGAUGGUGGCGGGUGUUUACCCACGGGCUACGCUGUCAUCCAGGGGCACCCAGAACUAAAACUGACGUCCAUGACUCAAGAGCACGGCCGAGUGGAGCCUGUCUCUGGACCGCUGGACUUUGGCCAGUUCCCCCUGGGCUCGAUGUUCUCCCUUAUACCGUACCAUGCUUGCGCCACAGCCAUGAUGUACCCGGUCUAUAGUGUCCAUUCCCAAGGCAAGAUUGUGAGCACUUGGAAACCCGUUCGUGGAUGGUAAAGAGACCCCACUAAAGGAAACGUAUUCCUUAGUAAAGCUCGCCAGAAAUGUUAGAUAAUGACACAAAGGUAGAGAAUGUUUGAUGCCACGUCUGAAUUUUUUUUCUCCCAAAUUGAUUGUAUAAAUAUGGACUCUCAAUAAAAUAAUUGAAUGCCGACCUCGGCUUGCACAGAU